AUGAUAUUCAUUGGGAACGGCAUUUUCCCCUUCCUGACAGAUCACAUGAUGGAACUGCUUGUCAUUGAGCGGAGCCUCAUCCAGAGCCUCAGAGAUUACAUCACAGCACAGAAACAAUGCAUAGACCGAUUUAACAGUGUUGUUGAAGCCUGUGAAAAUGCCUCUGGAGACUUCCCAGAGGAUCUGGAAAAACACAUCAGCAACCCUUUCACUGCAUACAAGCUGGUGCGAAGACUGAGGCUGGAGUGGAACAUGGUGGAUCAAGUUACCAAGACAUGUUCUUCAUAUAUUGCAGAUUUCCUGGCGAAUGUAUCAUUGGUCUCCCAGCGGCUCCCCAGUGAGAAGGACAUGGAUGGGGUUGCACUGGGUCUUCUACGUCUACAGGACAUAUACAGACAACUGCAAAUCAUUACAGUGGAUGUGUCAGGACAGGUAAAUGUGACGCCCUUGGAUCCAGAUGAGUCCUUCCACGUUGCCAUGGUGGCCCUGCAGAACCACAAGUUCCAGUAUGCCCUGCUCUGGCUCCAGGAGACCUUCAGGCAGCUGGAGGAUGGCAUCCCAGCCCUGGUGACCAGGAGAGAGGUUCUCACCUACCUGGGUCCCCUAGCCUUUCAGAUGGGUAAUCUGCCUCUAGCAUUGGAGCUAACGCAACAGUUGCAGGAACUGGACCCCAGUUGCAGGCAGACCAUGGUGCACCUGGCCUACUACAGAACCCUGAGAGAGAGCAUCCGGUGUGGGAGCCAGACACAAACACCCUCAUUGCCCUCAGAUGCACCAGUGAACAUCUUAACACUAAUCAAACCAGCAAGCGAAACAUACGAAUCUCUUUGCAGAGGGGAGGGCAUCAAAAUGACCCCGAGGAGACAGAGGACAUUGCGGUGCAGGUACAGCACUGGUAGAGGCAACCCUCGACUCAUCUAUGCCCCUAUAAAAGAGGAGCAGGAAUGGGACCAUCCACUAAUAAUACGAUAUCAUGACCUUGUAUCUGAAAAGGAGAUUGAGACCAUAAAACACCUAUCCAGAUCAAAGCUUGACAGAGCAAAGGUGUCAGACCAUGUGACAGGGGAAAGAUUUUCAGCUGAAACCCGUGUGGCUAAAAGUGCAUGGCUGGCUGACGAGGACAACCCUGUCAUCUCCCGUGUUACCCAGAGAAUGGCUGACCUAACUGGGCUGGACAUGGAGGCAGCAGAGAUGCUCCAGGUUGCAAAUUAUGGGAUUGGGGGCCAAUAUGAACCACACUUCGACAACAAGAUGAGUGAUGUGGCAGUGGGUGGAUCGACUGUGUUCCCUGAUAUAGGAGCCGCUCUACGACCGUACAAGGGUUCAGCGGUGCUGUGGUACAACCUUUUGCAGAAUGGAGAGGAGGACGCUAGGACCUUACACGCUGCAUGCCCUGUAUUUGUGGGCAAUAAAUUGGUUGCCAAUAAAUGGGUGCGGGCCCAUGGACAGGAGUUCAGGAGAAGAUGCUCUUUGUCCCAGAUGGACUGA